AUGGAUCAACUUAAUUUCACUGCGGUUCCUCCUAACUUCUCUUCUCCAGGACAAGUUUCUCCUCCAUCAUGGAACCUGAGAGAUCUCAUCCCCGCAGUGGUGUUGUCCUUCUGCUUUAUUCUGGGAGUUCCUGGAAACAUUGCUGUGAUUCUUCUCAAGCCUAAGUGGCAGAACAUGUCCAGCCUGAGCCGGAGUUUGAUGCUGAAUCUGGCCAUUUCUGACCUCCUCUGCCUGCUGACCCUUCCACCUUGGAUUUACACUUUACUCCACAGUUGGACCUUCAGCGUGGAGACCUGUAAGCUUUUAGCAACCCUUGUGUACUGCAGUGUUUAUUGCAGCAUGCUGACUGUGACUGCAGUGAGUGUCCAGCGCUAUGUUGUGGUGGUCCACCGUAAGGUCUGCAAUCAGGUACACAAAAGAAUGCUGCUGGUUCUGCUCUGGGUGGUUUCUGUCAUCCUGUCUAUCCCAAGUUUGGUGUUUCGACAGCUGAAAACAGAUCAGAAACUGACACGUUGUCAACCAGAAUAUUCUUCUGAUACAGAAAAAGCAGUGGUGCUUCUGUCAGAGACCUUGGUGGGAUUUCCCUGCCUAUCUCUGGUUGCGUUUGCAUACAUUAGGCUCCACAAAAAGGUCAGUCAGGGAGCGUUUUUUAACAAUCGACAAACAACUCGACUGGUAACCAGUAUCAUCGUCUGCUUUUUUGUUCUUUGGGUUCCAUAUUAUACAAUUAAUGUGCUGGGCAUUGCAGCUAUUUGUCUCAGAAAUGACUUACUGUUAAAUGUUUGUAAAAUCAUGUGGAACAUUACUGGAUCUCUAUCAUUUUUAAAUAGCUGCAUCAAUCCACUCCUCUAUGCCUUUACCUCUGAAAAAGUUUGCAUUGUUUGCCAGAAAAAGGAGCCACUGGAGCAGGAUUCCAGAAAUCUCCGAACCCCAGAUUUCAGUACAACCUCUGUGCUUUAA